GACUUACAGGAAUCCACUGAUGGCUGAGUUGAUCAAUAGCUAGUAAACUCUAACUGUGGGUCAGUUUCCUCAGUCAGUUGUGUGCUUUCAGGCAGGAUGAAGGUGUGCGUCCUCCUGAUGUGUGUGUGGAGUCUCUGCUGGAGGACAGAGGCCCAGUCCAGAUCGUAUCUGAUUACAGCUCCUCUCUCGCUGCAUUUGGACGCUGUGGAGACGGUGGUACUGCAGCUGUUUGAUUUUACGGACCCGGUGACGGUCUCCGUGUUCUUGAAGACCUCCAUGGCUCCAGGUCAUGUGGUUCUGGCUCAGGAAGUCGUGACUCUCAACGCCGAUAACCACCACCAGGCCGCCGCCAAAGUCCGGCUGCACCUGGGUCAGCUGGAUCAAACUGUGAGUCAUGUGACUCUCCACGUCCGAUCACCAGAGAUCAACCAGCACAUGUCGAUCCCCAUCAGCCGCACCAACGGCUUCCUGUUCAUCCAGACCGACAAACCGCUGUACACCCCGCUGCAGAGCGUCAAAGUGAGGGCGUUUUCUCUGAACCAGGAGUUGCGGCCGGCCAAUCGCAGCGUCUUCCUGACCUUCAGAGACCCGUUACACACAAUCGUGGACAUGGUGGAGAUGAUUGAUGUCAACAAUGGGAUCCCGUCCAUGCAAAACCCCUUCAAGAUCCCCAUUAAACCAAAGUUGGGGAUUUGGACCAUUGAAGCCUCCUACUCCAAUGAUUUCACCACAAAAGCAAAAACAGACUUUGAAGUUAAAGAAUAUGUUCUUCCCAGUUUCUCCAUCCUCAUGGAACCAGAAGCUAACUUCAUUAGCUACGGGAGCUUCGACCAUUUUACCUUCACAGUCUCUGCCAGGUAUCUUCACGGCGCUCCGGUGCCUGACGCCGUGGUGUUCCUGCGCUUCGGCUACGUAAGCGGGAAGAAUCCUCCGGUUCUCAUUCCCAGUUCUGUUACCAGAGAGAGAUUGUCCUUCACAGGUGAGGUGAGCACGACCGUCAACAUGCAGAAGGUCCUGUCCCAACACGACGGACUAAAAACCCUCGACACUCUGUCAGGGAAGUACCUGUACAUCGCUGUCCUGCUGCAGGAGGAAGGAGGUGGAAUCAGUCAGGAGGCGGAGUUUGCUACAGUGAAGUUCGUCAAGUCACCUUACAGCCUGAGUCUGGUGUCCACGCCCCCCUUCAUCAAACCUGGACUUCCUUAUAUGGUCCAGGUGCUGGUGAAGGACCACCUGGACAAACCGGUGAACCGGGUUAACAUUCGUCUGGUGGAGCGACGGCUGGUCGACGCGGCGAUGGGCAACUCAGAAAUCACCUGUCCGGACACCUCCGUCAGCCAAUCAGACGGCCUCGCUGUUUUCAUCUGCAAUGUACCGGGUAAUGGAAAUAGUGCAGUACUGCAGUUUGAGACGGCGGACCCCGCCCUCCCAGCAGCCUCUCAGGCCAGUCUAACUCUGAAGGCGAAAGCCUAUCACUCCCCAAACGAGCGCUACCUGUACAUCGACCCCCCGCUGCCCGGUCGCCGCCUCCAGGUCGGGCAGUUCUCCAACAUCGCGGUGUACUCGGCCACGCCAUCCUACGUGCCCAUCAAAGGCAUCAGCUACCUGGUGCUCUCGAAGGGGAAGUUGGUGCAUUACGGCAGUAAGAAGUUCACCUCCACCGAUAACAAAGAGACUCUGAGCUUCGAGGUGACGUCCGACAUGGUCCCGUCCAUCAGACUGCUGGUCUACUACAUCCUGUACGGAGAGGGGACGUCCGAGCUGGUGGCUGACUCCGUCUGGCUGGACGUCAACGACAAGUGUGUCAGUGGACUCCAGACUGACGUGUCAUUUCGGGAUCGCGUCUACAAACCGAAGGAAAACCUCCGACUGGACAUCCGGACCAAUCAGGACGGUCUGGUGGCUCUGUCUGCUGUAGACUCCGGCCUCUUCACACUGCGCCCCACCUACAGGGACCCUGUUACCAUGGUUCUCCGGCACAUCGAGCAGAGUGACCAGGGCUGCGGCGGAGGCGGCGGCAGAGACAGCGCCGACGUCUUCCGAUUGGCCGGCCUCACCUUCAUGACCAACGCCAACGCCAACCCAUUAACCAGCAGUGAAGCGUGUACAGCAGUGGUGCGUCCAAAGCGAGCUCUGACUGAAGAGGAGAAGACAAAGAAAGCUCAGCGUUACGGUUCGUUGAAGGCGUGCUGUGAACUGGGCAUGAAGUACAUCCCGAAGAGCGUGACCUGUCUUCAGUUUGCCUUGCAGAGGUAUCAUAAAUAUCCUCGCUGCCAGCAGGUCUUCAGAGAGUGCUGCGAGUUUGUCCAACAACAACUGGACCAGGACAACAACCUCGUCCUGGGACGCCACGAGUUGGGUGCGGACUUCGACCUGGUUCCCUCUCUGGUGCGGAGCUCCUUUCCAGAGAGCUGGAUGUGGGAGGUGCAGCGCGUCAGAUCGGGCCAGAUGUCGGCCAUCAGACCUCUACCAGACUCUCUCACCACCUGGGAGAUCAAAGCCGUCGGCAUGUUCCAGAACGGUAUUUGUGUUGCAGAGCCGGUGAAGGUGUCGGUCAGUCUGCCGCUCAGUGUGGACGUCCCGCUGCCUUAUCAGGUGGUCCGAGGAGAACAGCUGGAGCUGAAAGGCUCAGUGUACAACCAGCAGGCUGACAGCAUCCGGUACUGUGUGACGUUGACGGUCGGUCCGGAGCUGUGCCUGCUGCAGUCCCAGCCGGUAGCCGGGCAGGCGGGGCUGCACUCCACCGCCUGCACCUGGAGCCGCCUGGCUGCGAAAGGUGUGGGGAGGGUGACCUUCAGUGUUCUGGGCCUGGAGCCUGGAGAACACACCCUGACCUUCACCCUGAGGACACGGGAAGGACUGAAAGACGUCCUGGUGAAGAAGCUACGAGUGGUGCCUGAAGGAGUGAUGAAGGAGCAGUUUACUGGAGGGAGACUCGACCCACGGGGAAUCUACGGUUCAGAGAAGACGACAGUGGUGCUAAACAACUACCUGCCGGCCAACAUCGUUCCCAAAACACCUGUGGGCAGACUGCUGACUAUCAAUGGUGAGGUUCUUGGUGACGUCGUGAAGGUGGUGCUCAAACCCGAAGAACUGAAAAAGCUCAUCAACCUCCCGUCCGGGUCAGGAGAGUCUGAGAUCUACAAAGUCCUCCUGCUGGCCGAGGUGUACCAGUUCCUGGAGACAACGCGGCGCUGGGACCUCCUGGGAGACAACAUCCAGCAGAGCUCAGCAGCUGUGGUUCGGACGAUCAGAGAGGGUCUGGUCAGUAUCAGCUCAUACAGACUGCAAGACGGAAGCUACACCAACUGGGUCCGGAGGGAAUCCAGCACCUGGCUGACAGCUCUGGCGGUGAAGACUCUGUCUGUGGUGGAUGCAGUGAUCUCUGGGGACGACCGGAAUCUGGACCGUCAGUACCGAGAGUCUCUAUUGGAGUCAGUGGACUGGUUGAUCCGCAGAGCUCAGCAGACGGACGGAUCCUUCACAGACAAAUCAUUCUUUAGACCCAACAAACUGAUGGUUGAGGGGACGGAUGCGACCGUGCGCUCAGUGUAUCUGACGUCCAUCGUUCUGAUCGCGUUACACAAAGCAACGAGGAUCAGGGACCAAAGGCUGCAACUGCAAUACCAAGAGAACAGCAUGACGUCUGCAGCAGACUACAUUUCCCAGCAUGCCUCUCAAGUGAAGAGUGUGUAUGUGCGUGCGGUGGCGACCUACGCUCUGACCCUUCAUGACGUCUACAGUGCGGAGGCGUCCGAUUUGUACAACACUCUAGAAAGAGAGAGUCGAGAGAACGGCCCCCCCACCACCCUCCGGUACUGGCAGGAGUCGAGUGUGAAAGGUGAUUGGAUAAAACCUGAUGAGUCCAGCGGUCUGACGGUGGAGACCACGGCGUUCGUCCUGCUGACUGCGCUGCGCAAGGUGAGGACCCAAUACGCCAACCCCAUCCUGUCCUGGCUGACCCAGGAUCAGCACUACGGACAGGGUUUCUACUCCAUACAGGACACCGUGCUGACCAUGGAGGCGGUCACAGAGUACAGUGGUGUCGUCACUCGAUCCGCCCUCAAUCAGCAGAUCAGCGUCCACAACCAGAAGACGGGAGAAGAGAAGAGAGUCCAGCUCAGCCAGACAGGCAGAACUGUCGUCUCGCCCAUGGAGGUGACGAAUGGCGUCAUCACCGUGAAGGGUUACGGGUCGGGCGUGUCGGUAGUGAAAAUGAAGACGGUUUACUACGAGACCACCACGUCCUCAGGGUCAUGUAACUUUGAUAUCAGCAUAGAGGUGGCGGGCCCCGACACCAAUCCCAGUCUGCGGUCUCCUCACUUGGUCGCCUGUGCAAAGUACAAACCUCCUCCUAACGAGCUGCUGACAGAGUCCACGCAGACACUGAUGAAGAUCCAGCUGCCGACAGGUGUAGAUGCUUACCUGGAGGAUCUGAAACAGUUCAGAGACACAGACGAGCCGAUCAUCUCCCACUACGAGCUCCAGGGAAACACUGUGGUCAUUUAUAUGGACACUGUGCCCUCAGAAGUCUUCCUGUGUGUUGGUUUUCGGAUCAGGACCAGGUUCAGGGUGACCGGGGCCAGCGAGUCCCUGUUUAGCGUCUAUGAGCCUCAGGACAGAGGCAGCAUGUGCACCAAACUGUUCUCCUACCAGGAGCAGGCUCUGCAGCGCCUCUGUGUGGGCGACCAGUGUCAGUGCAUGACAGCUGCAUGCGCCACCUACAGAGGAACCAAUGAUUUGACUCUGACUGUAGACAAACGCCUCGAUGAGAUCUGCCGGGCGUACAUCCGAUACGCCUACAAGGUGACAGUGACGUCUGCAGCAGCAGAAGGAGACUUUAUGACCUACAAAGCCACCGUAGUUGAGGUCCUGAAGAACAAAGGAAAAGAGUUCGAGGCGGUGAGUUCAGGGACACAGGUAGAGAUCAUAAGAAAGAUCACCUGCAGUGCUGUUGACAUCCAGAACAACAAACAGUACCUGGUGUUGGGAGCCAGCGGGUCAGAGGUCACUCUCAGCAGUGGCUUAACGUAUCGCCUUCCUAUGGACUCGGAGGCGCUGGUGGAGCUGUGGCCCACAGACUGUAGCUCUCCGGAUUGUCACGAGUACAUCAAACAGCUGGACGACCUCGCUCUGGAACUGCAGUUAUCCAGCUGUCCUGACUCCAAAUAACUUUUCAAUUUCAGAGGAGGACAUACAGACGCUGCUUCCUCUGCUCAGGAAAUGUUGUUGGCUCUCAGUUCAAAUGGAAACAGACUUUAUUUCUUCUUUUACAAAUUGUUUCAUAACCUGCCAAUAAAAGUCAGAUAAACUCUCA